AUGGUUUCAGAUGUAGCUUUUGCGCCACCACGCGUUACGGAUGUGCCGAAGGAUGUUUUUGCUGGCUUCGCUAGCAGGGGCUUGGCAGCGGAAGUGCAUGGCUUUGGUGCCGCUCCUGGGCAGCAGAUGCCAGUCCCAGCGGCAUGUGGGACGAGCACUUAUGACGUGUCAACACAAAAGCGGAUCAACAAGGACCUGACGACGGCCGCCAAGUCUGAGAACGAAGAUGCUAUCUCCGAGGUUCUUCGAAUUGCCGCACUUCAUCUUCACCAGCUGAACAGUGUGAACCUGUCGACUGCCGUCCACCGCCUCGCACGAGCAUGCGAAGGCUCCAAAGCACUAGCAAAUCGCGUGAAGACGGAUCCGAUAUUCCUCCUCAUGCUCGAGGUGGCCGAGCACAAGGCCCAGCUGGAGUUACAUGGCCAAGCGGACAGCAUGCCUAGCAAUUGCUGCACCAUCGUCACCUGGUCUUGCGCUGUGCUACGCUUCUUCCGGCCGAGCCUUUUCACAGUCCUGGCCCGGGUGGCUGCAAGAAAUCUCCAGGAUUGCCAGUGCUAUGAAAUCACGAACUUGUUGUGGAGCUUCGCGGAGCUGUGCAAACGGCAGCCGGCGAUGGCUGAAGACAUGGCCGACACCAUUCAGGAGUUAGUGGAGGCAGCCGCAAGCUCCUUCCUUCAUCGCAGACCGAAGGCUUGGAAGAUCCAAGUCCUGGUCUCGGCAUUGGUGUCGCUGACGUGCAUUCCGUGCAAGGACUUCUGCGCCAAGUGGUUCAUUAUCAGUCUGGUGCAGGAGCUGGCAGAAAGAAGCGAAGAGGCCCAGGACACCAACCUUUCGCCUGUGGUGACGGCCUUCGACACCUUGCGUACUAGGCACCUGCAGGUCUUUCGUGACAUUUGCAACGCCAUGAGCAGGCGACAUCCGGAUUUUGUCACGCGAUACAUGUACGGCGGCGCGCGUCAAAACGGAAAGAUUGCGGCAGCUGCCUCAAUGGUAGCUGUCCUCGGCACGCUCAGCACUAGCUUUGCGCUGCCGGGCCCACCCCGGGGGCUCGUGCGCCCUACAAGCAGCCUCCACAACGCCAGAGAGCGAAGGACGUCCUCGUUCGCUUCGUCGGGCGUUGCAGUGCUCGGCCUUGUGGCUGUGGGUGCCACCUCGCUCCGGUCGCGGGCUGCACGAGGUGCAGAGCCUUCGCAGCCAUCCAGCCCAGGGGUGCCUCCAGUCCGCAUGCCCAUGGUCUCCACUGGCACCGGCGCCAUUGACGUGAUGUCCAAGCUUCUGCAGGAUCGAGUCCUGAUGCUGAACGGCCAGGUGAACGAUGAAAUGGCCAAUGUUCUAGUAGCCCAGAUCCUGUACCUAGCCAACCAGGAUUCAGAGAAAGACAUUACGAUCUACAUCAACUCUCCAGGUGGGUCGGUCUCUGCCGGCAUGGCUAUCUUCGAUGCCAUGCAGUUCGUCCCCUGCGACGUGUCCACCGUCUGCUACGGCAUGGCCGCCUCGAUGGGGGCCUUCUUGCUCGGAGCAGGGACAAAGGGCAAGCGGCGCUCGCUGCCAAACGCUCGCAUCAUGAUUCAUCAGCCGCUGGGUGGCGCUGGCGGCCAGGCGGCAGACAUCGAGAUCCAGGCGAAGGAAAUCUUGUUCCUGCGUGAGAUUUUGAACACGUAUUUGUCAGACUUCACCGGCAAACCGCUAGACACCGUGGCCGAAGACUGUGACCGUGAUUAUUACAUGACUCCGGAGGAGGCCUCAGAGUAUGGUAUCAUUGACGAGGUCAUCGAGACGAAGAGCUGGCCCAGGCUGAGGAAGCCCACGAAGCCCGAGCUGGUCACCGGUGGCAAGAGCUGA